AUUGAAGCGAGAAAGCAGCUACUACUGUCCAGGUUGCUUCUGUUGACGAACCAUUCACAGAGAAGAACAAACAUAACACAGCAACAAUGACGGCACCAUCGGGACUUGAACAAUGGGAUUUGACCUCUAAGACAUCCCUCUUUUUGGAUCGUCACAUGAUGUUUCCGCUCCUGGAAUACUUGGACGGCUUGAUCGAGGCCGACAAAAUUUCCUAUUCGUCGAAGGACGUUGCGGCUGCUCGCCUGUCUCUCUUGCGACCGACCCACAUGGUCGACUAUGCCGUAGAUACAUACAAAAGCGUCCACGGAGACUCAGCAGAAAUCCCGGCAGAAAUGGAAGAACAGAAAACGCAGGUCUUCAAACAACUGGAAGAACUCGAAUCCGGCUGCAAGCCCCUCACAGACCUCUGCAACAACGAAGAAGAAAAGGUGUGUUUUUUCUCAAAGGUGUGGCUACGCCGUGCUGUUUCGUGUCACGAGCGGCUAUCUGUUGUGUUCUGUUGCGUUUUUUCUUUCUCUCGUUUUGUACUGGACUGGCACAACAAAUGCGUUAGUGCCACGCGUGUGUGGCGGGUGCUGUGCAGUUCAGAAUCGGCAUUUUUUUCUCCAAGUCAAAGCACUCACAUUUCGCUCCAUUAUUUUGUGCUGUAGACAAAACUAGUUUCUAGUGGGAAAUGGAGCAUCGCUGCUUUGUCCCAGGAAGCUGAUUUAAAUAUCACUCCCGAGGUAUUGGAAAUCUAUCGCAAAACCGCGAAAUUUCAAUUUGAAUGCGGUAAUUACCAGAGAGCGAGAGAUAUGUUGGAGAACUACAUUUCUUUGUUGGCAAAGCCUCCUGGACCGGAUUCAGCAGGAGACGAGGAAAUGGAUGAUUACAAAACCAAUAGCAAACAACAAAGCAGCGACAAGAAAGAGGACGUAGGUAAUCCCACUAUAUACUAUCUGAAAUCGGUCGAUGCGAAGUUGUUGCAAGUAUUGUGGGGACGAUUGGCUUGUGAAAUUCUAGUCGAGCAAUGGGAGGCUGCCAGCGUAGCAUUGGAUGCCGUAAAGGCAGCAUUGGAAUCUCUUGUUUCUUCGAAGCGAAUGAGUGCGAUAGAGGCUCUUUCGGAACGAACCUGGCUUCUUCACUGGUCGCUCUUUGUCUACUGGAAUAAUUCUGCUAAGGGCGGUCUGGAACAGCUGGUUGAACUCUUUCACACAGAAAGGUACAAGCAAGCUAUUACCACCAAUGCCCCCCACUUGCUGCGAUACCUCACUGCUGCUGUCUUGCUUUGCAAGCGCCGAAUCACGAAAAAGGCCGCUGCCGGAUCCACUGCGGAAGCUCGACGCCUGAUGAAGAACCUAAUCAACGUCAUGCAGGAUUGUGAUUAUUCGGAUCCAAUCGUGGAGUUCGUCAAUUGCUUGUGCGUCAAAUUUGACUUUGAGUCCGCACAGAUCAAAUUGCAGGAGUGCGAAAAGGUUUUGGACGCCGACUUUUUCCUCUGCAAGCAGACGGGCCUUUUCAUGGAAGAAGCCCGUGUUUUCGUGUUUGAAAACUAUUGCCGAAUCCACAACAAGAUCGAUUUGCAAGCCUUGGGGAAGAAAUUGGCGAUGAAUGAAGACGAGGCAGAACAUUGGAUCGUGGACUUGAUCCGUAACGCCGAUCUGGAUGCCAAGAUCGAUUCCGAAGAGGGCUGUGUGGUCAUGGGUGGAAGCGUGCAAAGUGUGUACGAACAAGUCAUGGAGCGCACGCGGGACUUGAACGUGAGAAGCGCAACCAUGGCACAAAAUUUGAAUAAACUCUUGGUCGAUGCACGAAAGAACAAGGCAAAAGCUGAAGCCCUGGCUCGUGAGGAAGCGGAAUAAGAAAUAAUAGUUCUGCUACAGAAGCCUUCCAUACAUCAUCUGUGCGCGGUAAAUGUGCAAUAAAUAUAUGAAGCAAUUGACCAAAAUAGUGAUAGGUUUGAAUUAGGCAGUGUAGGAAAACGAUGUUGUGGUUUGCAAUGAAGUAUAAACAGUGUUGAAAUGUGAAUGCUAUACACGUACAAUGAUCAAUACUUCAUGGGCGGCAUUUGAUGGAUUCCACUUUCGAUUUCAUAGUUCUAAUUUUUCAGAUCGCCUCUGCUUGCAGAACGUUCCGGUCAAGAAAGGUUUAACGAAGGAAAGUGGUGAUGACCCCCUCUGCUGUUUUUCCUCCUUCUGCCACAAUUAAAAGAACAGAAUUAACAAGAAUAUGAACAACAACAACAAUUACUGCUGAUGAGAGGUCUGAAAGAAGUACUGGUGGUACUUGCUAGCAGGUCAAGGAAAACAAGAUAGACACUAAGCAAUGUAAAAAGAGGCUGGAUUGUUGUCAUUGUUCUUCAUUUUGCUUGUUGGUGUUGUUCAAUAACAACAACUUAGUUUG